AUUAGUGAACCCUUUCGUGAAUAUAUCGCAGAGUUCGUUGGCGUUGCGGUCCUUAUCAUCUUUGGUGUCGGUGCCGACUGUCAAGUCGUCUUGUCUGCAAACACUGGCGACUAUCUAUCACUGAAUUGCGGUUGGGCCAUUGGCACGGCUAUGGGCGUUUGGAUCUCGGGCGGAAUUUCAGGUGGUCACAUUAAUCCUGCCGUAACGUUGGCGUUGGCGACAUGGCGCGGCUUCCCAUGGAGGAAAGUUCCCGGUUUCCUCUUCGCUCAGCUGCUAGGUGGUAUCGUCGGAGCUGGACUGGUCUAUGUGAAUUACAUUCACGCCAUUGAUAUCGUAGAAGGCGGCCGCCAUGUUCGAACACUCGAUACCGCUGGAUUGUUCGCAACGUAUGCGGCUGAUCACAUGACCAACGUGUCCUGCUUUUUCUCGGAGUUCCUCGCUACUGCCGUGCUUAUCGUCGUCAUCCACGCCAUGAACGACAAGAGAAAUGCCCCUCCUCCAGCCGGCCUCGCGCCAUUGGUUCUCUUCUUCCUUAUCCUUGGUAUCGGUGCAUCCCUUGGAAUGGAAACAGGUUAUGCUAUCAACCCCGCUCGUGAUCUUGGCCCCCGCAUGCUCACUGCUAUGGUUGGCUAUGGAAGACAGGUAUUCGCUUUCCGGAAUCAAUAUUGGAUCUGGUGUCCAGUCAUUGCCCCGUUCCUGGGUGCUCAAGUUGGAACGAUUUUCUAUGACCUGUUCUUCUACAAAGGACAAGAUAAUGUUUUCGGGCGAUUAGGGUCACACAUACACAUCUCCCCAGCUUAA